AUGGUGAUACUCGAACAAUCCUAGCUCUAGUCUCAGUAGUUGAUGGCCAAGAAACACUUGACUAUUACUUAUCACUUCUCAGCAAAUUCAAUGAACUUAAGCAGUACUUAGAGUUAAAGCAUUGAAACUGGCCAUGCAAGUAAGUCUCGUAAAGGUAUGCCAAAAAGAAUGGCUAAUUAUGAUGUAAUCAAGUUGAUUGGCAAAGGAGGAUUCUCUAAAGUUUUGCUAGUCCGUUAGAAAUCUUCUGGGAAGCUAUUUGCAAUGAAGAUAAUCAAUAAGGAAAUGAUUAAGCAGAGGGAGUUCUGUGCAGGUGGAGAACUGUUCUACCAUCUCUAAAUUAGAAGAAGAUUCACUGAAGCUCAGACUAAGUUCAUUAGUGCUUAAAUAAUUCUAGCUUUGGAAUACUUACAUAAAAACGAUGUCCUAUAUAGAGAUCUAAAGGUAUCAACCAUAGAUUAAUUUAAUACUUAUUUACAGCCAGAAAACGUUCUUGUUGACAUAGAUGGAAAUAUCAAGCUUUCAGACUUCGGCUUAUCGAAGGAAAACUUCAAAUUUAAUCAUCUAUCAGACUCUUUUUGUGGAUCACCCGAGUACAUCUCACCUGAAAUGCUGUUGAGAGGCUUGCAUUCAAGGAUGCUAGAUUUCUACCAAUUUGGAGCUCUUCUAUACGAAAUGCUGACAGGACUUCCUCCUUGCUAUAAUGAGAAUAAGGAUGUUAUGUAUUAGCAAAUCAUGAAGAAAAAUCCAUAGUAUCCUUAGUUCUUAAGUCCAGAUGCUGUCAACAUUCUCAAAGGACUUCUGUAAAAGGAGCCUGAAGAGAGAUUAGGUUUCAAAAAUUAAUUUGAGGAGAUCAAAUAACAUCCAUUUUAUAAGGAAAUUAAUUGGAAUGCAAUGGUUAAAAAAGAGUUUGAUUCUAAGAUCCCAAACCAAGUCAAAUACAUUCUCAGGCCUAUAUUAGGUAGAAGCUAUUUUGACACCUAAUAUUUGGAAAAAUUAACAGAAGAGUUGAUCGCUGAUUUGUUUUAAGAAAAUGAUAUAAAGAAGCCUUCCUAGCAAAACUCGAGAUAAAAUUAGCAGUAAAUAUAGCUGACCUACAACUUUAAACCUGUGUAAUCAACUUUAGAUGGUAUCGAAGAUGAGAGUCCAAUCAAAAUAUAAGAUAAAUUAAAGAGUAAUCAAUCAAAAGAAAAAGUGCAUGUGACGGGAUCAGGAAAUCUUGUUUUUGGGAAAUCAAUAUAAAAUCUUCAAAGCUAAGUUCAGAAAAAUAACGAAUAAAAAGUAGAUAUGAUCCAAAGUUCAUCACCUAUCUCGAUGUCUCGCUCGAUUUAAAAUCAAAUUUUAUUUAGCAUUAAGACAAUAGAAAAUAAUCACUCAAAUCCCUAAACACCAGACUAUUUCUAAAGUAAUGUUAAAUAAAAUCAAGACCUUAGCAUGAAUGAUAUUUAACCGGUGGAGCUACAAAAACCAAUAAGCUUAGCCAAGAUAAUAAAAAAUUAUGAAAAUUAAUACUUAUUUGAUGAUCCUAUAGGCUCAGGCUAAAUUCCUUAGCUCAAUGUCAAAAUUCAAUAAGAGGAUAGCCCUAGCUGCUAAACUGAUAGUUCAUUUGAUGAUCAGCCACUCCUGGAGGAAAUUAAGAUUCAGAACAUGCAAAAGCAUGAAGAUGAAGAUAAUCCUUAUGAUUUUGGGAAGUUAAUCAAUGGGGAUAUCAAUAAUUAUAGCAAUGAAAUGGAUGGAAAACAAAGGUGUAAAAGCUUGACCCCUCUUAGAGAAAUCAAUAUUGAAAGCUAAUUAAGUUAGUACUUUGAUCAGUUUAAUUAUCAAGUUACCACUAAAAAUCAGAGUGUUGUCUAAACUAAGCCAAAAGGGGCACCAAGAAAGUAAAGUCAAAUAGAACAGUUAUCAAAUGGUUUUCUUAAUCUUAAAGAGUUAAGUAAACAAGUGAUUAGAAAGAGAAAUCAACUAACCAACACAAAUAAGAAGUAUAAUGAACUCAAUGAGAGGUACACCCUAAAUAUGAUAAAAUUCAACGAAAAAUUAAAUAAUAUAGUUAGUGAGAGAAAGCGUAAUUUAACCAAUAAAACUUUUGAGAAAAGUACAUCAAAAGUCAGAGUCUCUUCAAAUCAGAUAAAAUCUCGUUCACUUUCAAGAAAUUAGAGUCAAUCUAAGAUCAAGAGUUAAACACAUACAAGGAAUCCAAGUUAUCUUAAUCAUAACAAGAGUUAAAAUAAUGGAUCAAGAAAUAGCCAAGGAGAAUUCUAAUUUAUUAAUCUCUAUCCAAAGGAGAAAAAGUCUUUUCAAGAAAUGAUAAGAACAAUCAAGGUAAUAGAAAAUAAAGUAAGUGAAGACCAAUCUGAAGUAAAUAGCCAUUUUAAUAACAAGAUGCAUAAGCUAUCUUCAGUUGAUAACUAAAGCUCAUCUUCUCCAUCAGAUGUAUACUCUUAGAUGGCAAUAGCAUAGUAAUCAGAUAUCUCUAGAAUCAGCGAAAGUCAUGGGCUACAGAAAGCCAAUGAUUCUCCACUCAGAAGGAUUUUUAAUUAAAGAAUGAAUGAAGUAAGAUCUAGUAUUAUAAAGCCUAAGGCCACGAAUGAAACUGGUUAAAAACAGAAGAGAUAGUCGUUUUCGAUUAUUCUUAAAGAUAAGCCGGUCACCGAGUACAGAGAGAAAUAGCCAAAUAUGAAAAUAAAUAUAUUAAGCACAGAAGUUUUGGAUAAACAGAAGGAUGAGGUAGAAAUACAGAAAAUAAACUUAAAAGCAGGGGCACAAACUCCUUAGUAUAAUCAAAUGUAAAACAGACAGAGAAAAACCUCUAGUUAGACUAUCGACUACAACAAUCAUCCGAAUAAUAAAAAAGUUAAUUAGCCUAAGGUAUCAUCUAAUACUAUGUAGCAUUCGUAAUAAAUGACUCUGAUCUAGUCCAGCAACAUUCCCUUAAAGUUAAAGAGUGGGCAUAUGAAGCCUGUUAGAUAAUUGAGUAAUAUAAAUAAAUUAUGA